AUGGCCGCUUCCGCAGCCCGCAAGCGCGCUUCCGAUAUCGUAUCUACCUCUGAUGCUCGGGGGGAGCUGUCUGACGAUAGCUCCAGCUCGAGCUCAAGCAGUAAGAAGCAGAAAGGCGUACCAGACGUCCAAGGAGUAGUCCCCCUUGAACAGCCUCCGCGAGAGGGGCCCUGGCUCUUCAGUGAUCCCACUGCGAAUUUCUCUAUCUUCUCCUACGGAGGUACAGAGUUCAGGAUACACGUGUACCAGCUUCUCGCUGCAAGCCCGUACUUCCGAGCUCUUGAUGCGGCAGGGGAAUUGAGAAGCCCCUAUUACCUUGGGGCCGAGUCUCCCCAGACCGUCGAAGACCUCCUUACACUCAUCGUCCGUCAUCCUCUCCGUUUAGGCUCCCCUCCCCUCCAUCCCAACGACAACACGCCCCUACACGACUCCCCCGUCUAUUGGCCGAUCAACAAUGCGCUCAUCGGGCGCGUGUCCAGAGUGGUCCGCCUCUGUAAGAUGCUCGACUGCCGCUGCAUCAUGGAGCAGAUCACCGCCCAGCUUCGCGACGCAUAUCGGCUGCCCGGCUACGAUGCCUUGUCCGUCUUCCUCACCGCCGCUAUGGUCCUCGACGACGCCGAGACCUGCCGGCGCGUCCUCCCCGCAGCGGCAGCCAAGAACUGGCCCAUGCAACGUCGCAUGUCCAGCGAGCUGACCCUCUCGCUGGAGAAGCCCUUCCCUAUCUUUGACGGUCAGCCGAGUCAUAGCCAGCUGGACGUCCGAGCUAUGCCGCUGUACAUGCUGGGCGGUCUGCCACCCAAGUACAUUGCAGCUCUAGGGAGGGCGUUCCUGCUUCGGUCUACAAACAAGAAUGGGACGGAGAACUGGGUCAAAGUAGCGGAAGAGUUCUACAAGCUGGUGACUGCGCAAUCGCCACGUCAAAACGAUGGGCCACCCGGUUUAAGCUAG